GUUCUAAGAAUGUCAUCAGGCAUCCAGAUAAAACCAAAGACUGCAGUACAGAAAAGCAAGACAUCUUCUCCUUUGCCAUGUUCUCCAGAACCUGCAAUUAAACCACAGCCAAAGCCUAGUGACAAGCUGAAUCCUAAAACUAUUGAUCCUUUUGGUGCUCAUUCGCGACCACCUUCUGCAUUUGCUGCUAUAUAUGCUAAAGGUGGCAUUCCAUGCAGGUUAGUGCAUGGCUCAGUAAAGCACAGACUGCAAUGGGAAUGCCUGCCUGAAACUGUUCCCUUUGAUCCACUUCUUGUAACAUUGGCAGAGGGUCUAAGAGAGACAAAACAUCCCUAUACAUUUGUUUCAAAGGAGGGUUUUAAAGAAUUACUUAUGGUUGAAGGUGCUACUGAAAAAGCAGUUCCCUUGUUGCCUCGUCUAGUUCCAGUGUUAAAGACUGCAUUGGCCCAUUCAGAUGACGAAGUAUUUGGAAGGGGAUUGGACGCUUUAGUCCAACUGAGUGCUGUUGUUGGCCCAUCUCUUAAUGAUCAUCUUAAGCAUCUACUCACAAAUCUUUCAAGGAGAUUAAUGGAGAAGAAAUUUAGAGAAAAAAUUACCAUUGCUUUACAAAAGUUGGAGCAAUAUGGUGGAAAGGCAACUGUGACUAUCAUCAAAUCUAAAAUUCCAACCUAUUGUUCUAUCUCUUCUUGA